AUGUCGCGUCCUAGAACCUCUUGGGAAGACCUCUCCAACCUCGGCUGGCCAAUCCAGCAGGUUUACAACAGAGCAAAUGCAGAGCGUGGUUACACUAUGCAAGGGCUCGGCGAUAUCUUUCUAAACAGUGGCAUCGCCUUAGAUUAUCAGUGGUAUUGCUACAAUGUCCUCAAAGGCGAACCGUAUGUGAAAGGCCAGGCUGUCAACAGUAUUUCUCAAGAGACGACGGUUUGGAGCUACGACAACUUGCAGAACUCACAGGAUUUCACCACAAACUGGGGUGAGACCUGGACUGAGACUAAUACAGCAACGCUGUCAAUUACUAACAGUGCGCACAUCAGUCUCAGCCAGUCCAUCACGAUCCCGGGAGUUGGGGGAUCCGAGUUCAGUAUCUCGAUCAGCACGGAAUCGACUCAGAGCGAGACAAGGGAGCGUUCGUACCAAGUAAGCAACACCUGGGACAUAACCAUUGGGCCCCAUGAGAAAGUGUCUAUCGUUCGUGAGCUUACAACUACUACUGGAGUUGCCGAAUAUGGCCAGAGAUACGGAGUGGACGGCAGAAUUGGAAGUAUGUACACAAUUUCUUCUAAAGGAGAUAGGUACAAUGAUCAUUACUAUUGGGGGAUGGAUGUCAACUGGCUGCUUAACAAUCCUUCCGGAGAGAUGACCCUCAACGGCAUUUAUAGGUCGACGAGUUACCAUCACAAGAUUAUUCGUGAAGGACCCAAUGGAAAGAGGACUGUGGAACCACUUCCCGACCCAAGUGUCGUCACGGAGAUUAUAGGAGACAAUGAGCGCAAGGAGAUUCGCUACAUGGUUUAUGGAGACGAGUAA